AUGGCCGCCUGGGAUGUGAUGGUCCCAAGACUUGCAACAGAACCCAACAACCUCACCCAUAUAGUCGACAAUUUUUCGGCAUUUGAACAAACAGAUUUCUCGAUUCUGGCCUUUACCCAGAUGAAAGAUCCCAACGUAUUCGUGUACAAUGCAAUGAUCAGAGGCUUUGUCCAUUGUUUUUACCCUCUCAAAGCUCUACGCUUUUNAACAGAUUACUCGAUUCUGGCCUUUACCCAGAUGAAAGAUCCCAACGUAUUCGUGUACAAUGCAAUGAUCAGAGGCUUUGUCCAUUGUUUUUACCCUCUCAAAGCUCUAGGCUUUUACUUAGGCAUGUUGAGGUCUCAAAUUAGACCCAGUAGUUAUACAUUUUCCUCGAUGGUAAAGGCUUGUGCAUUAGUAUCUGCUGUAGGAUUUGGAGAACCCGUUCAUGGGCAGAUAUGGAAAAUUGGGUUCCGAUCGCACGUUUUUGUUGAGACAACAUUGGUUGAUUUUUACUCAACCAUAGGUAGAAUUGAUGAAUCGAAACAGGUGUUUGAUGAAAUGCCUGAAAGAGACGUUUUUGUAUGGACGACGAUGAUUUCCGCACAUGCCCGAGUGGGGGAUAUGGGUUGUGCAUGGGGAUUGUUUGACGAGAUGCCUGAAAGGAAUACUGCUACAUGGAAUACGAUGAUUGAUGGCUAUGCAAGAUUAGGUAAUGUAGAGGCUGCUGAGCAUCUGUUCAAUGAGAUGCCUAUAACAGAUUUAAUUUCAUGGACAACAAUGAUCACUUGCUACGUGCAAAACAAGCAGUAUACCGAAGGAUUGGCAGUCUUCAAUGAAAUGAAGGCUAACGGGGUUAAGCCUGAUGAAGUGACUAUGUCAACUGUUAUUUCGGCAUGUGCCCAUAUUGGGGUGCUUGACCUAGGAAAGGAAACACACCUUUAUGUUAUGCAUAAUGGGUUUGAUCUUGACAUAUAUAUUGGGUCUGCUCUGAUUGAUAUGUAUGCAAAGUGUGGGAGAAUGGAUAGAUCACUCGUGGUAUUCCUCAAAUUGAGGGACAAAAACCUUUUCUGUUGGAAUUCUGUAAUUGAAGGGCUUGCUGUUCAUGGAUAUGCAGAAGAAGCAUUGACAAUGUUUAACAGAAUGGAGAAUGAGAAGAUGAAGCCAAAUGGUGUUACUUUUGUAAGUGUUUUGAGGGCUUGCACUCAUGCAGGACUAGUUGAUGAAGGUCGUAGGAGGUUCAUUAACAUGACUCUUGAUUAUUCCAUAGCUCCUGAAAUUGAACACUAUGGGUGCAUGGUUGAUCUAUUUUGCAAGGCUGGUUUGCUGGAAGAUGCUUUAGAGUUAAUCGGAAAUAUGAGAAUGGAACCAAAUUCUGUUAUUUGGGGUGCUUUACUAGGCGGGUGUAAGCUUCACAAGAACUUGGAGAUUGCUCAAGUUGCAGUGGAUAAGUUGGUGGUUUUGGAGCCAAAUAAUAGUGGAUAUCACACCCUUUUAGUUAACAUGUAUGCUGAAGCAAAUCGAUGGAACGAGGUUGCUAAGCUCAGGGCAACCAUGAAGGUACUCAGAGUAGAAAAGACUUCUCCUGGGUCCAGUUGGAUUGAAAUGGGAAGGAAGAUUCAUCAGUUUGCUGCUUCUGAUGGAUAUCAUCCUGCCUCUGUUGAAAUUUACUCACUUAUGAAUGAGUUAGAUGGGCAGAUCAAACUAGCUGGCUGUGCUACUGAAUUAUUUCAUUAA